AUGAACCACGUGCUCAAGAGAGGGUUUGUCAAGGGGACCCAGAACCUACACAAGUUUGCUAGGCGGGUAAAUGCUUGCAUACAAACUCGGAUGCAGAAGGAGAACGAGCAAACAAUGACCAGCAUGACCAAUCCUGUGACAAAAACAACUUACGGUAGGGAGCAAGACAUGUCUAUCAAGUACACGAGAGCCGUGUGCACCGAGAUGAGGACUAGGAUGAGAAAAGCCACGCUAUUUCGCGCAAAGCCUACAGCAGAGCCCACUAAGUACCUCGUGUACUACCACAACAAGGUUGGCCAUGAUGAUGAAGAAAGAUUUUCCUGGUCAAACAAGGAAUUCCAGGUUGUAGCUGACCCAAAGAAUGAAAUAUACGAGUGUGAAUGCAAGCUUUGGACACACACAGGCCUGUUCUGCCUUCACAUAAUGAAUAGACUGGACUACUUGGAGCCUGAAAAAUUUCCAAACAAGUAUAUCCUCAAACGGUACACAAAGACUGCAAAAUCACAGCCAACCUUUGAUACAAGGGACUACAACAGAACCGCAUCGGACGGCAGCUCAAGACUAUCGAAGCAAGACAUCUUGCUGCAGCUAAAUUUGAUGGUUAACAAGAAAGCGAUGAGAUCUGACCAGCAAUAUGACAGAGCCUACUAUGUUCUCAAGAGGCUCGUGGAAGAGCUUGAUGCAAUACAUUCAGCAAAUCGAGCGGAUGCUGACGAAAGGAUGGCUCAAGAGGAUGCUGAAAUUGAAGAUGACCUUCAUUAUUAUGCAGCUGAAAUGCUAAACGCCGCUGCUCAAGCCAACCAAUGCAAGCAGAGUGUUGACCAAUCAAUGGAGCAGCGACAGCAACAGACGAUGAAACUGCCGCUGUACUCUGAAACAAAGGGUAGGAAGAAAAUUUCUUCAGCAAAGAAAAGUGACAAGAGAGCUCAAAUAAAGGCACCACCUGCAGGAAGAGUCGUCGUGCUUGAUGAGAACGGAGUGCCACUUGGACACAGGAAAUGUAGUGUGUGCAACCAGUGCACAGAUGCUGAAAAGACAAGCAAAAAGCCAGAGAAGAAACAGAAAGCAAAACCUAGAGCCAGCAACAAGAAAGUGGUGGAAGAUGAAGAGGAAGAAGAAGAUGAAGACACAAUCGAAGAAGAGUAA